AUGGAAUUGGUCGGCGGAAGAAACUAUGGCGGAGGGAGCAAGUUCAGCAUGGACAACAUAAUCGGCGAUCCCUUCUCCCUCGCGACGAUAGGCAUAGCGAUUUGUGGCUGGUUAAUAGCAUUCAUCAGCUCCAUCAUCGCCGACGUCGAGACCAACUACCCCAACUUCGCCUGGUGGACGCUCGUCUACAUGCUCGGGUGCAUCAUCGGCGUCUUUGUCGUCGUGGCCACCGAUUCCAUUCAGACAUAUCACGUUGCUCUGGUGGGCUUCAUGGGUGCUGGCCUGGUCUUCACCACCUCCUCCGUAAAUUCCCUCAUCUACUUCUCCCAGGGCUCGAAGGAAGCUGGUGCAGCGGGCUUCAUCCUGUUGUCCAUGGUCGCCAUCGUCUGGAUCUUCUACUUCGGCUCUCAACCACAAGCCGCCGGCCGCCAGGCCAUUGACUCCUUCGCCCUCCACAAAGACCGCGGCCCCAGCAGGCGCCAGAGCCGCCACAUGACCCAGUCCUACGCCGGCCCCGAAACACGCAAUUCCGCGCCGCAAGUCGUCAACUCCUCCGCCCUCGUAGGCUUCGAAAACACCUCGCCGGUAGCAGGCUACCCAGGCGGCCGUCCCGGCGAGCUCAAACCAGACAACAUGAACAACAACAGCCAGCCCUCCGCCUUCGCCCCGCUCCACCAACAACAAACCCAAUCCCUACCCCUACCGCCCUCCCAGCUCGCCCCAUCCAGCACCACCUUCCUCGGCCCCACCGGCCCCGUCCAGCCUGACAACCCCGCCACCCAGCCCACCGAAUACCCCUACCGCGCCAAAGCCAUCUACAGCUACGAAGCGAACCCCGACGACGCGAACGAAAUCUCCUUCACCAAGCACGAAAUCCUCGAGGUCAGCGAUGUGUCGGGGCGAUGGUGGCAGGCGAAGAAGGAGACCGGCGAGACGGGUAUCGCGCCGUCGAAUUAUUUGAUUUUGCUGUGA